AUGGCUGCUGCUACGACUGCUACGGAUUCGCAGAAGUACCUCUCUACCCGAGGUGGUGACUAUGGCCUCUCCUUUGAGAAUGUUGUCUUGAAGGGACUCGCCGCAGACGGCGGUCUAUUCUUGCCUCAUGAAGUCCCAAGCGCACAGGACUGGCGGAGUUGGAAAGACCUCUCCUAUCCCGACCUUGCUUUCCAGAUCCUCAGCCUCUACAUCUCGCCCUCCGAAAUCCCUCCCCAGGACCUGAAAGCCAUCAUCGACCGGAGCUACUCGACGUUCCGCGCGGACGACGUGGUGCCAUUGACGCAUCUGCAGGAUAACCUGUACCUCCUGGAGCUGUUCCACGGUCCCAGCUACUCCUUCAAGGACUGCGCUCUCCAAUUCCUCGGUAACCUCUUCGAAUACUUCCUCGUACGCAAAAACAAAGGAAAGGUUGGAAAAGACAGACACCACCUGACGGUCGUCGGAGCGACGAGCGGUGAUACGGGAUCCGCAGCUAUUUACGGUCUCCGCGGCAAGAAGGAUGUCUCCGUCGUCAUCUUGCACCCUAAGGGCCGCGUCAGCCCUAUCCAAGAGAAGCAAAUGACCACCUGCACAGACCGCAACGUCCACAACUUGGCUGUGACGGGGACGUUCGAUGAUUGCCAGGAUAUUGUGAAGGCUCUCUUCGGCGAUGCCGACACCAACGCCACCCUGAAGCUCGGUGCUGUGAACUCGAUCAACUUUGCCCGUAUUCUGGCUCAGAUCGUCUUCUACUUCUAUGCGUACUUCUCGCUUGUUAGAAAGUCGGACUCGUUCAACCUCGGGGACAAGGUCCGAUUUGUGACUCCCACUGGAAACUUUGGCAACAUUCUUGCUGGCUACUUUGCCUCUAAAAUGGGUCUCCCGGUAGACAAGUUGGUUGUGGCCACGAAUGAGAACGAUAUCCUUCAUCGCUUCUGGACGACCGGCAGAUACGAGAAGAACCCCGUCGCUACGGAGACGUCUGAUGGAAACGUCAAGGUUGACGCUUGCAAGGAAACCCCCAGCCCGGCCAUGGACAUCUUGGUUUCUAGCAACUUUGAGAGACUCAUGUGGUUCCUUGCCAAGGAAUAUGCUGCUGCUGGCGGCAAGGAUGACCAAUCGAGCAAGAAGCAGGCCGGUGAAGACGUUCUGGGCUGGUAUCAGUCCCUGAAGACGACCGGCGGCUUCGGCCCGGUCAACAAGGAUCUCCUCGAGAACGGCCGGCGAAGCUUCGAGAGUGACCGUGUGAGCAACACGGAGACCAUUGAGACUAUCAAGACCUGCUACCAGGAGACCAAGUACGUUCUCGAUCCCCACUCGGCGGUGGGAGUCACCGCGGCCAAGAGAUCGAUUGCGCGCGUGGGCCCGAACAGCCACCACAUCUCUCUCUCCACUGCCCACCCGGCCAAGUUCUCCGACGCCGUGGAGUCGGCUCUGAAGGGCGAGGCUGGCUUCAACUUCGAGGAGCAGGUUCUUCCCGAUGAGUUCAAGGCAUUCUCUUCGAUGGAGACCCGCGUAACGACGGUGGAGAACUCGUGGGAGAAGGUGCGCGAGAUUGUCAAGAGCAAGGCUGAGGCGGAUAUGGCUGCUGAGAGCAGUGCUUAG